UCUCGCCAUGGCGGCCAUCCAAGCCCUCCAGCAGUGGUGCAAGAAGCAGUGCGAAGGCUACCGGGACGUGCGCAUCACCAACAUGACCACCUCCUUCCGCGACGGCUUGGCCUUCUGCGCGAUCCUGCACCGCCACAGGCCGGAUCUGAUCAACUUCACCGCUCUGAGCAAGGACAACGUCUUUGAAAACAACCAUUUGGCUUUCCAAGUGGCAGAGAAGGAGUUGGGAAUCCCGGCCUUGCUGGACGCGGAAGACAUGGUGGCUUUGAAAGUCCCGGACAGGUUAAGCAUCCUCACCUAUGUCUCGCAGUAUUACAACUAUUUCCAUGGCCGCUCUCCGAUUGGAGGGAUGGCUGGAGUCAAACGCCCCUCGUCCAACCCCGCUGAGGAGCCAAAGGAGAAGAAGGCCAUUUCGGAACCAGCUGGCCCGGCUCCGGCUAAGCCCGCUCGAAUCUUUGUGCCUUCUGAACCCAAGGCAAACCUGGCCCCACAGGAACGAAAUCCGGUGAAAGAGAACCCUCCAGCAACUGGGAGACGAAUCUUGGUGGAGACCAGCAACACCCGGAGCAGCGACUGCGCUGUCUGUGGUAGCCACGUGCACCUGGUACAGCGCCACCUGGUGGAUGGGAAGCUCUAUCACAGGAACUGCUUCAGGUGCAAACAGUGUUCCAGCACACUGACCUCUGGGGCCUAUAAAGCUGGGACAGAGCCCGGCACACUCAUCUGCACCAGACACGAAGAACCAAACCACCUCCACGUUACCCCAUCUUCGAGGGCCAUCGGGGGAGAGAAUAAACCUACUGGACCCACGUCAGCUUCCGGGAUUCAUUUGAAAGGACUGGAAUCCAAGAAGCCGACGCAGGAACCCUUGAAAACAAACCAGGUGCCCCGGAACAACACCUUUGCCAAGCCGUGGGAACCUUCCUAUCUGGGAACAAAUAAAUCCGGCUCCGUUUCCACCAGCCCUAUUUCACGUCGCACCAAUCCCGUUGGGGAUAAAGCAGACUGUCCUGAAGCUGGUGUCCCGCCGGCUUCUUCUCAUUGGACGUCCUCUGCCAAGACGCAGCAGGCCCGGGAGACAUUUUUCCAGUCCGGUUUAGGGUCUUCCGAACAUUCCGCGAACCGAACGGAAACUGUUAAAAACCACGUCUCUCCUUUUAAGGCUCCCGAAGCAGCUGGGAAAACAUUGUUUCCGGGAUUCAGCACACCAGCGACGAACUCCGGCAGCAGCGAGAAAGACAAGGCACGGAGCAUUCUCAUGCACGCGCUACCCGGGCCUUCCACAACCGGGCAAAGAGGGUCCCCGGGGGCUCAACCCAGAUCGCCGUGGGGCCGGGGGUCCUCGCCCGCCCCCUCUGGCUUUCGACGCCUAGAGCCAAAGGACACUCCCAACGUCUCAAAGCCCACCAUUGGGCCGAGCAACUCGGAAAAACAGGGACCAACACUGCCAAGGACUGCUGCUCCAAAUUUGCCCAAGGACCAACACCUCGCUAUGGGAACAGCCGUCCGGAACCCCAUCAAGGAUCAACCCAUUAGCAGACCUGCUGAAGCUAGACUUAAAGUGGAUCCCAAGGUCUCCAAAGCAGGCAGUCCAGCUGUCACGGAAGAGAAGUCGGAGAGCCCAGCAGACUGGCGGUCGAGGCUGAAGCCGGUGGGCACCAAAUUCCCCCACCAAGGAGAUGCUGGAAAUGCUCCAAAGCCCACAGAAGGCCACAAACUGGUUAUCAACAAAGCCCCGAGCUCGGCACCCGAAGAAACAAAGCCAGCUUUUCCCAAAGUCUCCCUGAUGGUUCAGGACGCUGCGCCAUCAGCUGAUCAGCCACAGAAGAAGAGACUGUUGGUGCCCAGCCUGGAUGUCACCAGCAAUUGGCAGAAGCUGAAGCAUCAGUGGGAAGAUGCUCCGGUUCUCCGGAAGGUGGAGGAGCCAGGCUUGCCAAAGAAAGCCAUUGCAUCUGUUAAACCUUCAGCUCCGGAACCCUUCCAGAAGAAACCGAGCAGUCCGGCGGUGUCUCCAUCCAAGCUCUCCUCAGACUACAUCCCUGAGGAAGAAAUCCAGAAGGAAGUCCAGCAGAUCGGGAGAGAUCUGGAUGAGCUAGAACUGAAAGGGGUAGACAUGGAGAAGCAGUUGCGGAAAUGUGAAGGAGAUGACCGUGAGGACGCGCUGAUGGUGGAGUGGUUCAAGCUCAUCCAUGAGAAGCAACUCCUGUUGAGGCGGGAGUCAGAGCUGAUGUACAGGUCAAGACAACAGAAACUAGAGGAGAGGCAGUGGAACAUCGAGACCGAACUCCGGAACCUCAUGAAUAAACCCGAAUCCCUGAAGACCCCCAAGGACAAAGCCCAAGAAGAAGAACUGCUCAAGUCCUAUCUGGCCAUCAUUGAUGGCCGGAAUGAGAUUGUGGAGAACUUGGACGAGGACCGGAUCAGGGAGCUGGAGGAGGACAAAGAGAUGGCCGCCCUGAUCCAGAAACUUGACGUGCCUCGUAGCAGCCAGGAAGGUGAAAAGAAGAAAGUCAAGUUCGGCUUAUUUAAAAUACUGCAACUGAAAAUCAAGAGCUAGGAGCUGCGUGU